CAAUGUCAUUUCAUUGAUUUUUCUAAAAGAAACGAAGGAAAGGGGUCUCAAAACAAAUAAAUAUUAGUUACUGCUAAAAGUAUUAGGAUUUAAGAUGGCUCAAACAGCAGGCGUGAAGCCCAUGACCAUCGCUGGUCGUGUGGCAUCGGAAAGAGAGAGAUGUAUAGGUAUGACUGAUGCCGAAAGGGCAUGGCGCAAGCAAUGGCUACAAGACCAAGUAUUAGCUUCAAACGAACCUGUACAUGUUGAAGAAUACUGGAGAGAGCGAACUAAUCCUAUACGUCGUCUCUAUCGUAAACCCCUGGAUGUAUUAUACAACAAGCUUGCUCCUGUACUGGGACAGCAACGUGCAGCAGAUUACAGAUACAUCGCAGGAAAAAUAGGUUUAUUUACUGUGGGUGUUUUGUGUAUCCAUUACUAUUUUAAAUAUCAUGGAAAUGACUGGACUAAAAAAGGAGGGUGGAGAAUUACAAAAACUAAACCAAUGGUGCUACCUGGACAACCUGGUUUUCCAUUCAAAUCAGAGCGUAGCAAGGAUUCUGACUAUGCUGAUAGGGGUUUCAGCAAAUCUGUCUUUACAAAGUAGAUAGUAAUGUUAUGUAUAAAUAAAGUAGAUAAUUUGGCACUGCAUAUUUAAUUGAAGUUAAAUUAAAAUAAACUCAUUUUCUGUUA